ACUUGGGUUCCCGCCUCGGCAGGAAAACUCCGCCCACCGACUGCAAGCCCUCCUCCUUUUGCGGAACCCGGGGCUACGGACCAAUCAGUGAAGGCCGCGCCUCCUCUCGCGCUUCUUGCCAAUCGGAACGCGGUUUUCGCGGCAGUCUCUUCGGAGGCCUUUCUUUGGAAGCCCCAUCUCUCCCCAGCUGCUACGCGUUCUCUGUCACGUGAUUGUUAAAGGGGCGGACACGAGUUGCGAGUUUUACCUCCGGGUUUGGGAACGGUUGUGCGCUGCGGCCGCCAUUUUGCUGGAAGGGGAGGCGUGUCUUACUUCCCGACUCCGUAACCUAUCCCAGUGGUGUCGCGGCUCCCCACGACCUCCGAUCUAUGAGCCUUCCCCUACCCACAAGACUCUUCCUGUUGCGCUCUGAUUUCAGGACUUUCUCCACAACUAGGCUGUUUUCCCUGCCAGGUGUCCUUUUGACCUCUGACUCAAAGGUCAGCUCUAUGGUUCCAAACUCGGGUCUGGGAUGCGAAGGGGCGAUCUAUUCUAAAUUCCCCAAGUCUUUAGCACUGGGGCCGUAAAUCCCACGCUUUAGGUGCCUUGUCCCAGGUCUGCGCUUUCAUGUCCUGAAAUUGAACACCAGGUUUCCAAAUCUAGCCAGGGAUAAGGAGUUAACUCCUACUAAGUGUCACUCCCUGAGCCCUGCAUCCCAACUUAUACCACAAAUCUGGUUCCACAUUAAAGGACCCCGUUAACCCUCAGAUUCCUUGUGGUUUAAGUCAGCCUCAAUCCCAGCUCCCAAGGUUCCAGAUUUUAGCCCUGGUUUUUUCAGUCCCACUGUUCAGCCCCCAAAAUCUGGAGCUCAGUUCUAAAACCUUCAAAAUCUCCAUCCCUGCGACCAGCACAUUUUGGAGGAUCCUUCCCUCUCUCUCAUUCUCGAUCUUCCAACCCAAGUCGCAGACACCAAAAUGAUUUCUCCAUGCUCUCCUUCUUUAGAGCUACCAAUUCCUCCUCCCCAAAACCCUGCAUCCCAGGCCCCCAUAAUUCCACCUCCUCCCCUACCCCCAAAUCUCCCGAAAUUAGCUUUUCCACCCUCUCCCUCAAGUCUCCAGACCCCUAUUCCCCCACCACCCCCACUGCCGCCUCCACCCGCUACCACCAGGUUUUCUCCCCCUCACGUCUUCGGCUUGGAGAAGAGCCAGCUCCUGAAGGAGGCCUUGGAGAGGGCCGGCCCAGUCCCCAGGAGCAGAGAGGACGUGAAGAGGCUCCUGAAGCUGCACAAGAACCGACCCCUUCAGUGGCGGUGUGUCUUCAGCAAUGAGGAAAGCUGCCCUCACAAGAGCACCUCGUCCAGUGGGAGAGACAGAUCCCUCCCACCACCAGUGACAGCCCAGAGUGGUCAGAGCCGUGAGGAGGAAGCCCGGAGGGAGUGCCCGACUGAGGCUGGGGGUUUCAGAAGUGACCUGCAGUGGAUCCUCUUCUGUGCUGACCUGCCCUCCCUCAUCCAAGAAGGCCCUCAGUGCGGGCUGGUGGCCUUGUGGAUGGCAGGCGCUCUCCUGGCGCCCCUCAGCGGCACCCCCCUGGAGAGACUGGUGCAGGUGGCCAUGGAGAGAGGUUACACGGCCCAGGGGGAGAUGUUCUCAGUGACUGACAUGGGCAGGCUGGCCCAAGAGGCACUGGGCUGCCAGGCAGAGGUGCUCUACGGCGGCCUGGGUGCUCCCAACAGAGACCACGUCCUGCAGCACCUUGUCACCGGACAUCCCCUGCUUAUCCCCUAUGACGAGGACUUCAACCACGAGCCGUGUCAGAGGAAGGGCCACAAGGCCCACUGGGCAGUGAGUGCAGGGGUCCUGCUGGGUGUGCAGGGUGUGCCCAGCCUCGGCUACGAGGAGGACCCUGAGCUGCCAGGCCUGUUCCACCCAGCACCCGGCACGCCCCGCCCGCCACCAUCCCUGCCAGAGGAAGGCUCCCCAGGAGCCGUCUACCUUCUCGCCAAGCAGGGCAAGAGUUGGCACUACCAGCUGUGGGACUACGAGCAAGUCCGGGACAGCAACCUGCAGCUGACGGACUUCUCGCCCUCUCGGGCCGCCGACGGCCGGGAGUACGUGGUGCCUGUCGGCGGGGUGCAGGCCGGCCUCUGCGGCCAGGCCCUGCUCCUCCGACCACAGGACUCUGGCCGCUAGCCUGCUGCAGCCCCGAGCCGGGGUGACGGGGCGCAGCCACAGCUCAGCUGUGUCACCAUUCGCAGAGUGCCCCAUCUUCUCCUCUGUACGACAGCCUGGGGGCUUGGGCUGGAUCUCUGAGGACCUCCAACCAGAGAUCCUUCGUGCAGGGUCACCCCCGAAUCCAUCCAGUCCCGAUCCUGGGCCUCAGCUCCCCCAAGUCCGUCCCCCAGUAUUGAGCACCUACUCUGGGCUGGGGUUAUAGCCAACAGCCCCACAGACAAGCUCCCUCUCUGCAAGAGAGACUGACAACCGCUCAGACCCCAGGGCUUGUCCACCCCACCUCAGUGUUGCAGCCACCCGUUUCUGGCUGCUGUCCACCCUCUCUCUGGACCCCUUGCUGCUUCCCAGUGUCUGUCCACGUGGAGCCAGGGAAGCCUUUUGAAACGCAAACCAGGGACUUCCCUGGCGGUCCGGUGUUUAGGACUCCGUGCUUCCACCGCAGGGGGUACAGUUCGAUCCCUGGUUGGGGGCGGGCAACUUGAGACCCUGCAUGCCACGCGGUGCAGCCAAAAAACAAAACACAAACCGGUCUCAGCACUCCCCUCCAGAGAAGCUUCCAGCACCACCUCGAUACUUCUUGCAGGGCAGGGACUAAACCCACCCCGCCCCAGGUCACCUCCCUUACCCCAGGCUGUUCUUCCUCACGCUUUCUGCCACCCGCCAGGCAUAGUGGCCUCUCAGGUGCCUAGGUUGUCCUGUCUCCCCCACCCCCCCCAGCCCUGUGUUACAGAUAAUUCUGGAACUGCUCUACCCUGGCUCCUUGUCACUUCCUCUGGGAAGACUCCCUCUGGCUGAGCACCUCCUCCGCCUUGUGUUCUCCUGAUUUAAAAACAAAAGCA